AUGGCAGAGUUCCCAGAAUUAACACUGAUAAUCGAGGCCGCUGAAGAAGCACUGACCACUCUAAAUCAAUUCCAGAAAGUUCAUACUGGAGAGAAACCUUGUGAAUGUGGGAAAGCUUCCAUUCAGAUGUCACACCUAAGUAAGCAGAGAGCUUAUAGUUGGGAAAACCCCUUUGCCUGUAAGGUAUGUGGGAAAAUCUUCAGCCACAAAUCAAAUCUCGCUGAACAUGAGCAUUUUCAUAAUAGAGAGAAAUCUUUUGAACGUAAUGAAUGUGGAAAAGCCUUUAGCCAAAUGCAGUAUAUCAUUAAACAUCAGAACACCCAUACUGGAGAGAAGCUGUUUGAAAGUAAUGAAUGUGGAAAGUCCUUUAGCCAGAAGGAAAACAUCCUUACCUAUCAGAAGAUUCACACUGGAGAGAAACCCUUUGAGUGUAAAGAUUGUGGAAAAGCUUUCAUUCAAAAGUCAAACCUCAUCAGAUACCACAGAACUCAUACUGGAGAGAAGCCUUUUGAAUACCUCAUAAAACAUCUAAACAUUCACACUGGAGAGAAACCCUAUGAAUGUAAUGAAUGUGGCAAAGUCUUCUCUCAAAGAACAUCACUCAGUGUACAUGUGAGAAUUCAUUCAGGUGAUAAACCUUAUGAAUGCAAUGUUUGUGGAAAAGCCUUCUCUCAGAGUUCAUCUCUUACUCUGCAUGUGAGAAGCCAUACAGGUGAGAAACCCUAUGGUUGA